AUGAGCCAAGGCAGACGCGGCGGCCAUGCUGUUAAUGCUUCCAUAGCAUCAACCCCACUUGCCGCAAUGUCGACGCCUUCAACUCCAGACUUUUCGGCGAUUCAAAAGGUCGUUCGAAAUGUCUUUCGGUCCUCGCAGAUCAAGGUCCAACAAGUGGAGCGUCUCCAAGGUCGCCUUCACCAGGUUUAUCUCAUAAGGCUGGUUGAUGGCACUUCCCUUGUCAUGAAAUGUCCUCCAACCUACAAUACCCGUCUAUUACGAUGCGAGAAACACGCUUUGGAAACACAACUCAAGACAUUAGAGACCCUUCGAGAAUACACUCAACUCUCAGUCCCACAAGUGAUCAAGUUUGAUCACAAUAAUGGUCAUUUGGGUUCGCCCUUUCUCUUGAUGAGCCAUCUGCCCGGUAGACGACUGUCAGAGCUUCUGGACCACAUCACAUCGAGCCAGCGUCGAAGUAUCGACAGAGCGUUGGGUCAUGCUGUGAAGAGCCUGACUGCGUUGUCGGCCACGCAGUAUGGACUCACUCAUCGGGUAUUCUCAAAAAAGGGGUAUCACUCGUGGCGAGAUGCCUUCCUCUCUCUUCUUGAGUCUGUUCUCCGGGAUGCCGAGGAUAUGGUUGUCACCAUGCCUUACGAGAGCAUACGAUACUUUGUGGGUCAACAUAGUGACUACUUGAACGAGGUUAAAGAACCUCGUCUUGUAGCUCUCGAUGUAUGUGACCCUCAAAAUGUCCUCGUUGAUCCGCAGAACAUGCAUAUCACCGGAUUGGUUGGCUUCUCUAAUGUCAUUUGGGGUGACCCUCUCAUGACCGACGGUAUUUUCAAUGGCAGUGCAGCUUUCUUCGAAGGGUUUGGAGAGUAUCCAGCUCGGGAUCGAGGAACCCAUGCUAGAAUGUUGCUAUACGAAAUAUAUCGAGCAACAGUCCAAAUAGUUGCACAUCACUACCGAUCGCACCUCAACACCGACGAACUUGUGGCUCGACGGUCCUUGUCAGACGCACUUCGCGAGCUUGCAGAGUUGUAA